CAGGACAAGGACUAAUUUUUAAUCAACUCCACGUACUUCCGAUAGAAAUGGCACUUGUGAUAAGCUGAAGUUACUGGUGAGAUGAAUUUAUUAGACUCAUUCAGAUUUGGCUUGUGCUUACACCAUCAGAUGUUUUAUUUCAAUCCGACUGAUUGUACAGAACUCACAGGCGUGUACAAUAAUGGGUGGAUCGUGCAGCCAAGGAUGCAAGCGGGAGUUUGGUUGUUCCAGCCGUAACUGGGGAUGUUCUCACGAUGAUCCAGUCCUGUUUGGAACAUCACAAUGGAAAUGUGGCCCUCCCGUCCUCUUCCUCCUCCUCCACCGUUUACCCUGGGCCCUACUCUGGCUGUCCUACUUGGUCUAUGACAUCACAACCAGAGUCUUCGAUCCGAUGUACUUCACGUUCAUGACCAAAUGGCAGCUCAUCAUUCUCGUCCUGAACGCAUUGGUGGGGCUGCUUGUGACAUGCAUCAUUCAAACAGGUCACAUGAGAACGAAAUGGAACCCUCUUCUCGGCUUCUACUCUGUUCUAUGGAACAUCUCCACGGCGUUUGCGCCCGCGAUCACCCUCAUAUACUGGGCCAUGAUAUAUGAUCCCGCCACGUCGAAUGCCGACUUCAUCACCAUCGUCACGCACGUGGUGAACACCGCCUACACCCUCCUCGACGUGAUGGUAGUCGCCAUCCCGCUCAGAGCCUACCACUUCUACCACUCUGCUGUCGUCGCUGGAAUCUACGUCAUCUUUGCCGCAGUCUACAACAUGACCACCGGUCGUCUGAUCUAUCCCCUGUUCAACUUCCGGGAGAAACCGGCCUCUGCUGCCGCGUUCGGGAUCGGAGGAAUCGCCAUUGGGACAGCGAUGUGGUUUGUGAUGUUCGGACUUUACCAUCUCAGGGUUCUCUUGGCAGCGAAAUGUAUAAGAGGGAGAAAUAAAUUGGGUGACGGACAAAAGGAAGCUGAACGUACUGAUCCUGAGUUUGAUAAGACGGAAACUGAGACAACAGAAUACUGACGUCCAAGAUGUCUUCAGCGUAAGUCAUUCCGUCGAACUUAAUGAAUACGUUGCAUACGAGAUCCGUCCGAAGUUGCACUGCGAGUAUCACAAGUUGUUAUCGACAUAACUGAACUUGGAUAAAGUCCAGUGUCCAUACUGAUCGCACCUUUUCUGGUGAUCCAGUCAUUACGAAAAUUUCGCAAAUCCCCUGAAACGCCAACGUAAACGCCUAUCCCAUUGUUCGACCUCCCGAUAACUAUGUCGAACAAUGCAAUUGGCGUUUCGGGGGGUUUGCGAAAACUCCUUAAUGUUCUCAUCAAAUUCCCGUGAAGCCCCUGCCUUGCCCUGCAUUGCGACUUUCCGAGAACGACAUCAUAACCUCUCUAUUAAAGGGAGAUUGUCGGGAAUAUGACGGAUGUAUCAUCCGCAAAUGGAGCGACCAACGGACAAUGCGCUCUUUCCAAGACCGGUGUUGUAGUUUGCAAUGUCCCCAAAAUAGAAUGUCCGGGGAACAAAGGAUUAUAUAAUGCACAUUUAGUCAUCGUGGUUAUAUAACUCGAAUACCUU